AUGGCAGAAUAUUCGAUAACAACAGACCACGCUGACCAGGAACAGCAGGCCCGUACAAUUCAACCUGAUGGUAUGAACAGCAGCGAAGAUAACAAAAACUUCAAUAGUGAGUCGCAGCUAAAAAAAUUUCCUCAAAUGAAAGAAACGAAUUUAAGAAUCAAUAAGCCUGAACACGCUGUUGAGAAAGCUACGUCUGGUGAACCUACAGAUGCAACACAUAGGCAUGUCAUUAAAAAUGGUGUGAGAGAUCAAGCCGCCGAAGAUAAACCUGGGUGCAGCUAUCUUGAGAAUUCGUUUGAGACAAACCACCCAGAGAAAAAAUUAGACGAAAAUGGAGAGUUAGAGCCACUUGAAGUCACCGACAGGAUAGGAAGUGAUGAAGGUCAGCUAGUCGGAACAGCGGAUGGAAAUUCAUUUAGAGAGGACGAAUCAGGAGUGAGCAAGGUGGAAGCGACAACUGGUAAUCAUAGUCCCAAUGAUUUUAAAAAGCAGGAGUCAACUGGUGCUCAUCAAGAAUUGAAAAAUUUUGCGGAGCAGAAAAGUAACGAAAAACAAAAAACACUUACCAAAAAGGAAAAGAAGAAGUCUAAUAUAGAAUUUGAAAAUAAUUUAAUUGGAGAACCAGAAGAAUGUUCAGCAGCGAAAGAACAAUUUUUGAAUGAGCAGCCUUCAGCAGAGACAGGGAAAAGGUUGUUCACGAACACUCAUACCACCAGCGAUAUUGAACCUGAACUAUUGGAUGCAGAAGCUGUUGUGAACGACCUUCUGAAUCAACUGUUACCAUCCGAAAGCAAGGUAUCUGGAAAUUUGGCCAAUGCCUUGCUUGUUGAAAGCGGAAACCAGGUAGGAAUGCGCAGUGAAGCAAAGGCAUCAAAUGGUUUACAAAACUUGCCGCAGCCGUCUGCAAAUCAAAGCUUCUUAUUUAGAAAACCCGAACAAGCAGCUAAAAAAGACAACGAAGACGAAGGAAGAGCAACUGAUAAAAUUACUGCUACCAACAGUGUAAAUAAAAAAGCUGUUUACGAAAAAGAUUACACGAUUGCAGAUGAAAAUACCAUAAAAAUGGAACUGUCAACUCCCCUACACAUCAGAGUAAAUGAUAGCGAAAAUAAAUCGCAAGAACACUCAGCAGUUUCAAAUGAAAAUAAGGAAGAAUUAUCUUCACUAAGUUUCCGUGUAGGAUUACCGGGAGAAACCACCGCUGAUGAUGCGAGUUUGGCAUGUGACAGUCCAUUGCCUAAUACUGCAGCAGAAGAAGCAGAAAAAGAAUCAACACUCAGCACGCGCUCCAGAGCUUCUAAUGAGCUUGAAGAGAGCAGAGCGAAUGAAUUUUGUAGCACUGGAACAACGCAAGAAAAUCAGAAAUUUAAUCAAGAAUUAGCAGACACACUAAAUUCUUACAAUAGUAAACCAUAUUUGUCUACAAAACGAAUAGAUAACGAAGAACCAGAGAUGGAAACAAUGAAAAAAUUUUCCCCAGCUGCAAGCAAAUCUCAAACUGACAGUAGAAAAUCCGAGGUUGCAUACGCGUCACCCAAAAACACGCUUUUUUUUUAUGAGGAUUCACGUGAUGACCCAGUAACAUUUCCGUUCUCAUUGGACAACGUUUCACCUUUUUCACCAAACUAUAUGCAAAAAGAAUUUAGUUUUGACAUCGACAAGGUUGCACCAUUACCCCCUCUCAGUUUGGAACCAGAAACAACAGAUAACGAGUAUCAGUGGCAGAAGCAGAAAAAUCUCUGUGUUCGAGACGAAAAAAAAAAUUUUUUAACGAGAACAGUCGUUGUGCAAGGCUUGGAUACUGAUAUAGACCAUCUGACUAGGCAGCCAUUUGAAGAUCUUCCGAUCAGCGAAGAAGCAGCAGAAGUUGCCAUUGAUACUUCGACACCCGAG